ACUGAAUCCCACUACUGGUAGUCUGUAUAUGAAAUACUAUAGAAAAAACUUAUUAAGAAUAUUGUGUAUAUGUAAUCUAUAAUGUUCGAGUGGAAAAAGCGGAAAAUUUAAAAUUUAUAUUACCAACUAUGCAGAAAAAAGCCAGAAAAACAAGGCGUCAGCUUUUGGCAGACAAAGCAGCAGUGCAGCAACAAUUAAUCAAUAGGGCAAAUGCUUUGACAAAUCCUUUGGAAACUUUAGACAAGUUUCAUGAAUAUAUCAUAAAAGAUUAUACAAUAAAACUAUCUUGUGUUAGAGCAAGAGAUGCACAGCCAGAAUGUCUUUCUUGGAUAUUUGAUAUCAUGGAAAGAAACAUGAAAGACAUGUAUGAACAAUCUACUUGGGGUUGGGAUGUAGCUGAGAAACAAGCAGAAUUAACGGAAGAAAUGGCUUGGUAUUUAGUAGCAUCAUGUAAUGACAAAUUUUUAGGCUUUUCACAUUUUCGAUUUGAUAUCGACAAUGGCGAUGUAGUAUUAUAUUGCUAUGAAUUACAACUGGAACCAGAGGUCAGACGUAAAGGACUUGGCCGUUUUAUGAUGUCAGCCCUGGAAUCUAUGGCAUAUCAGAAUCAGAUGUUGAAGAUUGUUCUAACAGUUUUUAAACGUAAUUUGUUGGCGAUACAAUUCUUCUAUACGCUUGGAUAUAAAUUAGACAAUUCGAGUCCAACCUCAGCACACUUGGAUUAUAUAAUCUUGAAGACGGUCCAACAUUGUGGAACGUAAGGGGCGCUUUACUUAUGGUCCAGUCUUCCAUGUCAUUGAGGAAUUUCGUCAAAUCAAUCUCUCCUGAUUCCGAAAUAUUAAAGUGUCGCAGACGAGAAUUGUUGAAGCAAAUAUCUAAGGCUGAUUGGUGCAACACCAUGCCGAUACCUUUGCCGGCACCUUCGGGAAUGGGGAACACUCGGAGACUAAUGAUGUUUAAAUCUACUGGAAGAUCGUAUCGAAGCGGUGAGAAAUGUGCGUGCAAAUCGAACGGCAGAGAAUUGUGAGGAUGCAGUGCUAUAACUGGAUGUAGUAAUUCUUCCGAAGCUAAAUGGCCACUUAAAGACAACAAUCCUGCAGGAUGAUUUGUUGACGGUACAGUAGAGAGACAAUUCGUUUCUUUCUUCUCUAAAAUUAAUGUAAACAUGUGAUUUGUCAAUAGAUUGUCCAUUACGCCUUGCCCUAAUCCUCGAUUGUCAUCCUGAAGUAAUCUUCUAUCUUGCAUAAUCUAUUUAUAAAAAUCAAAUAUGGCAUAUUAUAUAUACAAUAUUAAUAAAUUUUCUAAGUGUACACAUUUUUUUA